CCUUAAAGAAGAACAAGACAACAGCAAAUUGUUGACGAGGACAGCAGUUCAUAUCAUACAAAGAAACAGUAGCUUCCACAAUGGAUCGGAAAUGUUUCUUCACCCUCCAGGAGUCCCCAAGUCGACCGCCUCUCCGUACUUUACUGCUGGUUCUGGUCGACUGCAGGAAAACACCGGGGCAGAGUGGAACUGAGAGAGGAGAAGAGGAACAUGGAGAUAUGAUUUCAUUAAGUAAAAACCAUGGGAACAUCCCUAAUCGUUGCUCUCUUAGUGGGAGGGGCUUAUCAUCUGGGGAGCCUCAACAACAUCAUGAUGCUGACAAGAAAGAGAAGAGUCUCUCCAGACCAGAACACCUCAAGAAACACCAGCAUAGAGGUAUAGGGAAGAACCCUCACCACUGCUGCUCUGACUGUGGGAAGAGUUUUGCUAAACAAGACUUGACAAUUCAUGAGCAAAUUCACACUCUAGAGCAUGCAUCUAAAACCUUAAAAUCUCAUCUGAGAAUUCAUUCAGGGGAGGGACCUUAUAACUGCUUUCAUUGUGGGAAAUACUUAAAUCAGUCAGGAGCCCAGGCUAGACACCAACACAAACACACAGGAGAGAAGCCUUAUAGCUGUGAUCAGUGUGGGAAGAGUUUUACUCAAGAUUCCACCCUGACUACACACCAACUCAUACACACAGGAGAGAAGGCUUAUAGCUGUGUUCAGUGUGGGAAGAGCUUCAAUCGUUCAGGAUCCCUGACUGUACACCAACGAAUACACACAGGAGAGAAGCCUUAUAGCUGUGUUCAGUGUGGGUUGAGCUUCAAUAAAUCAGGAGCCCUGACUAGACACCAACGCAUACACACAGGAGAGAAGCCUUAUAGAUGUGAUCAUUGUGGGAAGAGCUUCAAUCAUUCAGGAUACCUGACUAUACACCAACGCAUACACACAGGAGAGAAGCCUUAUAACUGUGAUCAGUGUGGGAAGAGCUUCAAUGAUUCAGGAUACCUGACUAUACACCAACGCAUACACACAGGAGAGAAGCCUUAUAGCUGUGAUCAGUGUGGAAAGAGUUUCAAUCAUUCAAGAUCCCUGACUCUACACCAACGCAUACACACAGGAGAGAAGCCUUAUAGCUGUGAUCAGUGUGGGAAGAGUUUUACUCAAGAUUCCACCCUGACUACACACCAACUCAUACACACAGGAGAGAAGCCUUAUAGCUGUGUUCAGUGUGGGAAGAGCUUCAAUCGUUCAGGAUCCCUGACUGUACACCAACGAAUACACACAGGAGAGAAGCCUUAUAACUGUGAUCAGUGUGGGAAGAGUUUCAAUGACUCAGGAUCCCUGACUGUACACCAACGCAUACACACAGGAGAGAAGCCUUAUAGCUGUGUUCAGUGUGGGUUGAGCUUCAAUAAAUCAGGAGCCCUGACUAGACACCAACGCAUACACACAGGAGAGAAGCCUUAUAGAUGUGAUCAUUGUGGGAAGCGCUUCAGUCGAUCAGGAACCCUGACUACACACCAACGCAUACACACAGAAGAGAAACCUUACUCCUGUCUAUGUGGAAAGAGCUUUGCUCAUUCAGGGUCACUGAAACAACACCAGAAAGCUCAAACAUGUUUUCUUUCAUCUCGUUUCUCUCCGGCACCGGUUCCAGAUUCCUAAAUAACAUUUCAAUAGAAAACAUAUUGCAAAGAGUUAUGUCUCCCAUUCUCUAACAGUUUAAUUCUGAUUACCAUGG